GUGUUUUUGAGUUGGUAUCACUGAGUGGGAAUAGUAAGUUCUGCUCUUCCCUUGCAAUAUUAAAAGUACCAGAUUUCGUCAACGUUGAGUUGCAUUCACUCCAUUGUUUUAGCAUAUAAAAUUUAAAUAAGCUAUGUUAAGAAAUGCUUGAAAUCUAAAUGAAGAUCGAACAGCAAAUUGCCACGCAGUCUCAUAGUCAUUUAGUUUUUUCUUUCGUUCACUUACUGACGAAAUAUUUGGUUAAAAGUAGUUUACUGAAAAAGUAGUUUGCCAUUUGUUGUUCUGUUUUCAAGAUUAUGGUGCUUCGAGCAGUAACGGAUAGCUGGGGCGGAAAAUUCACCGGAAAAUGCUCCUUUGACGUACUGUUUCCACUGGUAAUUGUUCGUGAUAUGGCUGAGCUCUACUAUUCGAAAGGGAGCUACAGUGCUAUGUGCUAACCAUAUCAUGUUGCAGGAUAAGAAGAUUCUAAUCAGAAAGAGGCGUUAAAAGGAUUUUGCAUUGCAGCGAUUCUGUAGGUAUGUUGGAAGAUGAGGUUUCGAAUAGUCUCCCUGAAAAUGAAGCCCAAGCCAAGAAACUCUGGCAGAGGGCAGAUGCUGUUUGUUUCGAUGUCGAUUCAACCUUAUGUGUUGAUGAAAUGAUCGAUGAAUUUGCAAAAUAUCUCCACUGCAGUGAAGUCGUCAAACUUACUGAGGAAACAAUGAAUGGUAAAAUUUCAUUUCGUGAAUCUUUGAGGGUCCGUUUAAAUAUUCUUAAACCGACGCGAAAGCAAUUGGAAUAUUUUAUUGAAAAAAGAGAACCAAGACUGACACCAGGUGGUGAAGCCUUAGUUGCUGAAUUACAUCGCCUUCGAAUUCCGGUUUAUUUGAUCAGUGGUAGCUUUCUUCCUAUGGUUAUUCCAGUAGCAAAAGUCCUUAAAAUUCCUGAGGCAAAUAUUUAUGCAAACGAGAUUUUCUUCGAUGACAGUGGAUUUUACAUUGGUUUUGAUGAGACAAGAUUAACCAGUGACUCGGAUUCCAAAAAUUUCGGCAAAUCAGCAGUCUGUAGAAAGCUGAAGGAUGAGAAGGGAUACCGGAAUUUAGUAAUGAUUGGUGAUGGUGUAACGGAUCUGGAGGCAUCCCUACAUGCCGAUCUAUUCAUUGGUUUUGGUGGGAAUCAAUGUCGUGAAGUGGUGGAAAGUAAAGCGUUAUGGUAUGUAUAUGAUUUUGAUACGCUUAGGACAAGUUUAGCCGAUGAGUAAUCGUUUUGGUUGGAUUUCCAAAGCUUCAAAGUUUCACAUUUGCCCUUCGGAAUAGAUCAUUUCAAAUACUUCAGUGUUCAUAUUAAAGACUUCACUGACUUUCAAUUUUGCAUGUAGUUUUGUCAGAGAGAUGAUUUCAAAAAUAAGAAAUCAACCGGUCUGUUUGUUUUAAUUUCAGAAUUUCUCUGCAUAUUUUCUGUUGUUUAAUAUCAAAAAAUUCAAUG